AGACAACGCGCUGAUUUCUCCAAUGGAAGUCACAAAGGCUUCCGUGGUUCGAUAUAGUUCCCCGCUGAUUCUAGCAGCCGCCCUAGUGCUUCUGGUUUCCUUCCUGCUGUCCCACAAAUCGUUUAUCCGCCUGACCUUUGCCUCUUGCAAGUUAUGCACGCAACUCAAAAGGUGGUGGGAGCGUCAACAAGGUGGUGAUAGUAGCAGUGAAGUGGAACUCGAUGUGAUGCGUUGCAAGUGGAUGCAACGCUUCCUGUUUGUAUGUUCCGUCCUGACCAUGUGCCGUUUGGUCUCUCGACAGAUUGCAGUCCUUCGUGAGGACAACACCAAUGCAGAGUUUGAUCUCCACAUUUUGGCCGCUGCCGUUUUGUCGCUCGUGGUGACUUCCUUCCCACGACUCAUCACUCCCAAAAGCCUCGAUGUUUGGUACGUGCUGAUUUUGGUGAUCCUAGAUGCUGUCCAUUUGAUUCCUCCCGUUGAGGUGGAUGUUCGGGACGUGAUGGCUCUUGGUUUCCCAAUUCGCUUCAUUUUGGCAGUGCUGGCCAAACGGAUUUGCUGCGUAGCAUUUUGCAUCCUAGUCCACUUGCUCCAAGCCAUUUUGAUCGCCAGAUUGCAAGGACAGCGAGGAGGAGCAGACUCAACUGAGUGGCUCGUCGGAGUGUUCUCGCUCAUGUUUUUUUGCAUCCUCAUUGUGCGGAAUUUGAUGCGUGAGAAUGUGCUUCUCAAGGUGGAUUUGCAGAAGAGGACCGUGGAAUUGGGUGCAGUUUCCUCUUUGCUGACCGCGUGCUACGAUGCGGUUGUUGAGCUGGAUCAAAAUUUUAAAUUGACCCAGGAUUCGGGCCAACUCUCAUCCAUGCUUCUCCAAACUGCACCAAAAGUUGGUGGUUUGGCAGGGAAGUCAUUGCUUGACUUCUUCAGCGAGGGAGACAGACAGCGCAUCUCCGAGCAAGUACUCAAUCCUGUCGAGAAUAUCUCUGCCGUGGCCUUGAAUGCGGACAUGCUGGAUUCUGAUUUCAACCAUGUCCAAGUGGAGCUGUUCUGUGCGCAGUUCAAAAAUUUGGCAAGUGAGAGGUGCUUUCUAGUGGGCUUGCGAGAGCUUCAAGACUUGGAACCUCCUGCUCCACUUGGUCCUUCAGAUCCCUCACGCCUGGCAGGCAAUGAGGCUCUUCUUGUGAUGUAUGAUGUGUAUAGCUUCGACAUUCAUAUCAUGAAUGGCGAGAUGCAACGGCUUUGCAGACCAUACUUCGGGGACACAACCCCUGACAGUAUUUUGAGCCUUGCGAGCGGCAACACACGGCUAUCGCUCAGCCGCCAAUUGCAAGACUUGGGAAAUGCCAUCGCUGUACAGCAACCAAACGACAUCGGACCUACUACUGUGACCUUUGAUUUCUUGGGAUUCAGUCGGGCUGAAGCAGUUGUGUCCAUAGAAUAUGAUCACCUUCUGGAUGCCUGGAUGGGAUCCAUGGUUUUUCAUUUGACUGAUCGUAGUACCAACACCUUAACCGAGUCCAACCUCCAAAACUUGCCACCUCCAACUCAACAUGGACUCCAUGGACUUCGUGCUCUUUGCCGACGCAGUACCUCAAGCCGUUCAAGUCGUUCAAGUUCGCGUUCCUCUCGAGGCAGUCCGUCGGCUUCCAGUCGUUCCAAUCAUUCUGCCAUGGGCACCAUCAGUGAGCUGCACUACCUCCGGGAGGCGUGCGUCACAAAGCUCAAGCUUUAAGCUACCGGCGCUGUUAACGGACCCGCAGGUUUU